AUGCCUGUCUCAAAGCGUGCGAAGGUUGUCCACGAAUCCAAAGUCACGAAGAAAUCCCACAAAGAGCAAACCCGCCGACUAUACGCAAACGUCCAGGAAGCCGUAUCAAAAUAUGACCAUCUCUUCAUCUUCUCCGUGGAUAACAUGCGGAACACCUAUCUCAAAGAUGUGCGCACCGAAUUCUCAGAAGAUGGCCGUCUAUUUUUCGGCAAAACGAAAGUAAUGGCAGUCGCACUCGGCACAACCCCCGAAACCGCUUUUGCUCCGAAUCUUGACAAACUUGCUCCCCUGUUAAACGGCUCCAUCGGGCUCCUUUUCACCACGCGCGCCCCCGAAUCUGUCCUCGGCUAUUUUUCCUCAUUCCACCCGACAGACUUUGCUCGCGCUGGAAAUGUAUCUCCUCGCGCAUUCACGAUCCCGCCUGGCAUCGUAUACGCUCACGCGGGCGAGAUACCCGCGGAGCACGACGAGCCGCUAAGCCACACAAUUGAGCCGACGCUGCGGAAAUUGGGUGUACCGACCAGAUUGGUCCGGGGUAAGGUGACUUUAGAAAUGCAGGACGGAUAUCAAGUAUGCAAGGCGGGAGAAACUUUGGAUUCAAGACAGACUUCGCUAUUGAAGAUGUUUGGGGUUGCAGUUGCAGAGUUCAAGGUUGAGAUGAGAGCGCACUGGAAUAAAGAAACUGGCAAAGUGGAGGUCUUGCGGAAAGAUGAAAAUAUGGAAGUCGACAGUUAA